AAAUUACAUCCAGUUGUUUUGAAUAAACAAGCCUCUGUGCCGUUGUGUUGUGAAUCAUAGUGAGCGACCGACUUGUGCUUAUCAUUGAGUGCAAUCUACCGCGCUAUUCAGAUAAGACAGGCGGUCUUUGAAAAAUCGAAUCGGCAUAACACCAACCGUGUCUAAGUAAACAAUUUACCAAAGCAGUCAGCGAGUAUAUGUGAUAAGCUUAAUAACGUUUGAAGACGAUACGCAAAAAUAAAACUUAAACCCUUGGACACAAUAAUUGCUUUGUUCUGCAGAUUAAUCGAAUUCUAUUACAAGUAUAUAUGUACGAGGAGCUAAGAUAUUUGUAAUGAGUAAUCAACGGAGAAUAGGGAUUUGUGGCGCCACAACGACGCCGAUUUCGAUGCUGGUCAUAUUACUGGCGUUUAUAUGCAGUGUAACCGCUGGGGAUGACGCAAAUCAGCUGGACUUUACAUCGAGCGAUUGUACUCUAACAGAGCCCGUCUAUGGCAACAAGUUCGAUUUCAGCAAAUUGCGCUCGGAUUUGGCGCAUGUAGUGCGAAGUGUUAGCAAUGAUAUCUUUGAGUUUAAUGUGUGCAGCAACUUGACGUACCAGUGUAACAAUGAGAGUAAUGUGGCUGCUUGUCUCAAGAGACAGGGUAGAGAAUAUGUGCUCGGUCGCAAACAUGAACUACAUUAUCAUAAUGGAAAAAUGUAUCUUAAGUAUUUAAGUGGAGCGAAAUGUGAGAACGGAACCAAAGACCAUCCAAACUAUCAGCUUCAUGUGAUUCUGAAUUGCGACUACACGCUGGAUAGCAAUCCAUUGCAAAUAACUUCAUUUGCUGAAGAUACUUGUUCCUUCUAUAUUAACUAUGACACUCCGAUAGCCUGUUUACCGAUACCACAUGAUGCGCACUCCAAUAGCUGCAGUGUGGCGUACACGAAUACUGGGAAUACAUUCGAUUUGAUGGAGCUUAGCGAUGUCAACUAUAGAACCACUGACCGUCAAGGAAAUUUCUUUAUAAUCAAUGUGUGUAAACCGGUGCUUUACGGCGAGAAUACCAUGUGCCCAGCCGGGAGCAGCAUUUGUCUAUUUUCCCCCAAAGAAACCGAUUUAAAAAAACGUUUCAUCAACUUCGGCAAUGUACAGACGCAACCCGUAUAUAAAAACGAGCAGCUACUUUUGAUACAUAACUCGUCAACACCGUGUGCAGGAAAUUCCAAAUUGAACUAUAGCAGUAUUGUUAAUUUCCACUGCGACAAGAACGUUAUGAACGCACAUCCCGAAUACGUGGGUCCGGAUCAAGAUGGUUGCACACACCAGUUUAACUUUAUCACGCCGCUAGCGUGCAAGAAUCUGAAGCCCUGUACGGCUAGGACGACGAGCAAUGAGCUCCUGGAUCUCAGCGCACUCAGUAACCGUGCACCACACAAAUUGUCCAAAGACGGGAAAACCUACAAUGUGGCUGUAUGCACCGGUGCCGGUUCACCAUGCUUGGCGAAUGGUGGCGCCUGUUAUGAAGAGAAUGGCGUAAGCUAUGGCCUGGGCAACUUCAAUGCGAAUUUGCGUUUCAAUCAGAGCGGCUCGCCGUAUUUGCUCUACGAGGAUGGCGUUAAAUGCGACAACGGCAAUCGUCGCUGGUCCACAAAAAUCGAAUUUGUGUGUGCCAGCAAUGCAACGAAGGGCAGCUCGGGCGGCGAUGCUCUGCAUAUAAUUGAGGACUCCAAUUGCCAGUUGUUAAUUCAAUAUUGGACGCCGCUAGCAUGUCUGGAGCAGAUUAGAUGCACAGAAAAGAUCUAUGUGGACAAUUCAGAGGAUGGCACUGGCGGCGGCGGCUAUGAGCUAUUCGACAUAACACCCCUGAUAAACAACUAUGAAAAUUAUGAGGCACGGGUCGCAUUGCCAGACAACCAACAGCAGCAGGUGGCCAAAAAUACGAAGUUCUUUUUGAAUGUGUGCCGCCCAUUAGUGCCGAAAUACCAAUUAGGCUGCGCCGGUGGUUCUGCUGUCUGUAUGGCCAAAAUGUCGGCAGCCGGUUCCCCAGAGGAGGAGGUUAGCCUUGGCUUCCCACUGAUUAGCUUGGCGGCCAUCAACCGCACCACCGUUGAGUUGUUAUACUUGCAUGGCGAUCCCUGUCCCACUGACAGGGCCACGAAUCUAUCCACGACGAUACGCUUCAGGUGCAACAUGCGGUCAGGACGAGGACAGCCGGUGCUGAGCUCCAUUGAUGACUGCAACUAUCACUUUGACUGGGACACAAGCGUCAUUUGUCCGCCGCAUGAGUGUAGCUUUAGCCCGGACUCGUGUGAGAUGGUGCAGGAUGACCUGGGCAAGCGCUUCAACUUUAAGAACUCCUCUUUCAUCAAGGAUGGUAAGAUUGCGAUCGACAACAAAAAUAGCAAACUGGAGCUAAAUGUGUGCGGAGAGCAUCGCAAGGCCAUGACGGACUACUCGCAGGAUUUGGUAAACUUGUUCUUCACUCACGAUCUGCCUGGAUGCGGCAAGGAGGGCAAGAUGAAUGUUCACAUGCGUGUGAUAUGCAGCAACAAGACUGAGAGCUCCUUCAUCGUAACAAAUGACACGCAGUGCAGCUUGCUCUAUGUGCAGCGCACACCGAGCAUCUGUUCGUUCCUGAGCCUCAGCGUGCCACCACAGGAUGAGAGUGGCAGCAGCAGCAGCAGCAGUAGCAGCAGCAGCAGUACUACUAGUACAACAACAAGCACCCCCAGCAGCACGCAUGCAACGCCAAUGGGUAAGAAUGAAGAGGCAGCAACCACUGCAACAUCCACCGUAAAGGCAGCUAUUGCUAGCCCCUCGGCCUCUGUGGGCACCAUACUGGGCCUUAUUCUGUCUGUGACGUUCUUUGUGGCAUGCAUUGGAAUGUUUGCCAUUUCGCCGGCUCGAAGGCAACGCGUGCGUCGACUGUUCCGUCGCAACAACUCGUCGGUGCGAUAUUCCACGGUGCAGUCAAACGAGGAAGCUAAUCUGCUGCUGGAACCCAAUGGCGAGUUCACUGAGAGCGACGACGAUAUGUUACUUUAGAAGGCUAAGCCGAGGGAAAAGGCUGUGCUGAUUGCUAUAAACAUUUAACCAAGUGAGAAAAAAUUUAGAAAAAAUAUUUAGUGAAAAAAAAGACAUGAGAAGAAAGUUCAACACCAAAGACAUAAAACGCAACUGAUUGUGAAUUAAAAAC